UAGGACCGCACACGGACAACAACAAAACACAAAUGCGUUAAAACAGCAGCCGAAAUUCAAAUGCUAUGUUUUUUUGACCUACAUUUAAUUCAGCGUUUGACUGAGUCGCGCCGAAGCCUAUAAGGAAAAACGCCGCAGAUCUCUUGAAGACGGUUGCAAUACAACCGGCAGUGCCGGGGCGACGUUAGCCGUUAACGCUAGCCUUCGUACUCCGUGAUGUCUCUGCACCGUUAACGUUAAUGCGCUGACUCCUUUCAUCCUUAAGCUGACGCGAUGGACGCUCUAACAUGCUAGCACCAUGUUCAAAAAUGUGUUCGGCUCAGGGUUUCUGGUUAGAACAGCUCAUGUGAUUUUGACAUGGGUCAUCACGUUAAUACUCUUCCUACAUGACACAGAGCUGAGGAAGCAGGAGGAGACGGGCCAGCUCGUGCAACCGGUCCUCUUCGUACUGCUGGUGCUGGUGUCGGUUCUGCUCUAUUUCGCUGUCUCUCUGAUGGAUCCGGGCUUCAUCUUGUCUGAUGACAGCGAUUUACAGUUCACGCUAGGAGUGACGGAGGAGCAGCAGGACAUGAUCCCACCCACCACCAAAUCUCUGCGACAGCGCCGCUGUGGCCACUGUCUGCUGCAGCAGCCAAUGAGAUCAAAGCACUGCCAGACGUGUCAGCACUGUGUCCGGCGGUACGACCAUCACUGCCCCUGGAUCGAGAACUGUGUUGGCGAGAGGAACCACCGCUGGUUUGUGCUUUACCUGGCUGUCCAGCUGCUGGUGCUGCUGUGGGGGCUGCACAUUGCCUGGACGGGUUUCAGUUACGCCCCCAGCUGGCAGCUGUGGCUGCGUACCAACGGCAUGCUGCUGGCCGUGGCCGUGCUGGUGGCUCUGCUCUCGCUGAUCGUGCUGCUCCUGCUCGGCUCCCACCUCUACCUGGUGUCUCUCAACACCACCACCUGGGAGUUCAUGUCGCGCCACCGCAUCUCCUACCUAAAACACUGCGGCGCUGAUGAAAACCCCUUCGACCGCGGUACAUUCAACAACCUUUGGGGUUUCUUCUGCGUGUGGGGCACAGUGGUGUGGGAACAGGUGUACUUCAGGGAGGGCAGUGACCAGGUCUAGGACUACGUGACAUUAACAGACUGAAACGAAUUUCACUCAUGAGCACCCUCUCUGGAUUCGGGAUCAGACACGUGACUACAAAGUUGGGAGAUUAAGUAUGCUUGUGUGCAGUUAACCUUUAUAAAGACACUUGACACUCGCGUUGUUGUCCCACAUUUACCAUCUCUCCUCUCAGUGGCUCAUCACUGCAGAGCACUUGGAGUCCAGACCUUCUGUUUUUCAGCGAAGUGGCCAUCAACAGAAGGACGACAGGUUACCAGCACUACAGCUUUUAUCAAAGAGUCGUUUACAGCCAUUAGGGAUACAGUAGCAUUCCAGGCCCUUUUCUAUCUGAUGUUAGGGCUGUGAUGAAGCUUGGCCUAAUGCCCUGUUGACUCGAGCUUGGUCUUUGUUUAUGCACCCACAUCUGACCUGACCCUUGCUUCUACAUACUCUACUCAAUCAUUUCUGUGAGCAGUGAACAUUGUAAACCCGACUGUUAAAUCAUUUGAAGUUUACUUUUUAUACAUGUAAAAUAUUGCAUAACGGUUGAUUUAAAAAAAAAAAAAAAAAAAAAAAAAGAUAUAUAUAUUUGUUUAAGGUGCAUGUGUAGACAAUCCAGAUGUGUGGUUGCUAUGGUUUCUCUGUUUACUCACUGCAGUCAGAUCCUGAUUGACAGGUGAAAUAAUUGGUACAUUUGUUUUUACUGUAUAAAGCUUCAUUCGGUUCUCGUUUCAUGUGAUUGGUUGCUGUAAUUGCUGAGUUGUAUUUAUUCUGCAGAGAGGUUUUACAGGGUUCACAUGCUGCAACAGCUUCAGUCGUAAAACAAUAACAUGUUAGCUGAAGUGGGAGAACGACAAGUUAACAUCAGGCAUUCUUUUCAAACCUCAGUUGAUUUUAAAUAUGACGGUAGCUGUAUUGUUCCUAGCAUUUCAUCCAACCGUGACGUACAGGAGGCUUUGACUAUCAAUGGACAGCAUUUCAAGCUAUUUUAUAUUGUAUAUAAUUUUGUAACUAUUUUGAACCAGAAAAUGUCUCUAGAUUUUUGUAUGACUAUUUAAAUGGAGUAAGUUGAAGAACAGUGUGCAGCGGUAGCUAAGAGUGAGAAGAGAGCUCUAAGUGCGAUACAUUGUUUCUUUGUGCAAUAGUUACCUUGUAGGACAGCAAUAAAUGUGUUGGACUCAAUGUACAGCAGGAGGGUUGGAUCAAAUGCACACUGCCUCCAGUUGGAUUCAAUGUCAGUGAGAGCUCUGUUUUUUAAGAAUAAUCUUGUAAUUCAUGUUGUGUACUUCUGAAUUAUAUGCAAUACUGUCAUGCAAUGUUUCUACUACUUUAAAUUGACUAUACAUCAAUAAAUAAAUGUUAAUGAUGAGUUUCCUGGUCAUUU